CUGGGAGGCGAUGGGAGGGCAGGGUCUCUGGGGGAGGGGGGGAGGGGGAGGACUUCCCUGGUCGGGCCUCUCCCACCAGGUCUUAGGGGACGUUGAGUCGCUGCAGAGAUUACCGGUACCCCCCUGAAAUCCUCAGCAGCAAUCUUGCCCCCCCACUCCCCAGGGUCCUGGCCACAUUCUCCAAGGGACCUUUACUGAGCCAUGGGUGACGAUGUCUGGGGCUGAGACCCCCGACAGUGCCCGAGAGCCCAGGGGCUCAGCUCAGACUCAGCCUGGCUAAUUCACCCAGCCUCCAGCCCCCAUGCCAGGAGCCAUUAGCCCUGUCCUGUGCACAGAUGGCGAAGCGACUUGCACAAGGUCACACAGCGAAUUGGUGGCAGAUCAGUCCUGACCCCCAGCCCCCCUGCUCUAGCCACUAGUCCCCACUCCCCUCCCAGAGCUAGGAAAGGAACCCAGGAGUCCUGACUCCCAGCCCCCCUGCUCUAGCCACUAGUCCUGGCCCCUCAGACAUACAGAGAAGUGCCAGGGAGGCAGUGCCAAUGGGGAUGGGCUAAGGAGAGGGAUGGGCCUUUGGGUAGCAGAGGGAAGUCAUGAAGGACAAGUCUCUCGCCAGCCAGCCUUUGCACGCUGGGCAGACCGGGACACCGGGGCCCCUCAGAGCGCCUGCUGGGGCAGCCGUUGCGCUGAGAGGAGCGAUCGUCCCGAGGAGCCUCCAGCACCACGGGCCAGGAGCAGUUUCCACCCUGCUAGUUCUCCGACCCACUGCGCUGAACCCAUGGGGCCUCCCCCCGCACGCUCCCUAUGGCCACCGCCCGAAGGCAGCCGCCUGGGCCUGGACUUGGCAGCUGUUCGCACAGGGACCCCUCGCCCUCUGCUAAGAUGCAGCUGUCUCUGGGGUGGAGGCAGCAGCUGGUUACCAGCCCCUCAGAACACACCAUGCCAGAGCAGCUUAGGACAGGACAGGAAGACUCCUUAGCCUGGGGAAAGUAUGUGGGAGUUUUAGCUUGGCUGCAGUCACUUACACUGGUAUCUGGCCAGGCCACGGGGGCUAACACCCAGGCGGCAGGGGCUAUUCAGUGAACACAAGUGGCUCUGAGUUUUAGGUUUCCCAUGGAAGGCAUUGCCUCUGAGAGCAGUGCACCUCCUAGCCCUGGGCUGGGGCCUCAGGGUCAGCAUCGCCCAGCCCUGCUGGCCACUCCUGGCCUGGCCCCAGCGGUCCCCCAUUCACAUCCUGAGCCGGCCCCACCCACCUCGCUAGGGAAAACUGACGAAAUCCCGGCUCCAGGUGCUCCGGCUGCACGCCAGGAACACGCCUUCUGCCAGCGUAGGCUGGCUCACGGCCGGGGCGCUGGGCUCGAAGCCGGCCAGGGCCCGGCUCCCAGGUUCCCCUUUGUGUCUCUGCAGCGGGGGAGUGGGGGCAGGUGAGCUGCCCCCACAAGCUGGCGCGUCCCGUGUCCCUGGUACUGUUUGUGCUGGGUGGUGACUCGGGCUGGGAAUGGCAAACCUGGCCGUGGAGUGGGAGGGGCCCCGGCCCCACGCUGGCCCCGUGCCAGGCUAUGAAAUGAGACACCUUGCACCACAGCCAUAACUUGCGGAUACCUUGGUGAGGUGUCUCCCACUCACACCUCUCGGCGGUAUAAAACCCGGCGGGGGACCGGCCCGCCCCGUCCCGUCCCAGAAGAGCCUUUGGAGCAGGUAAGUGGCCUCUUCCUUUCCCAGCCCCUUCCUGACUCUGGCUGGGGGAUCGCACCUGCUGGGUAUCCCCCCCCUCCCCCCCGCCUCUCCCACAUGCUCCCCUCUGGCUCUGCCCCAACACAUUGCGAGGGGAGAGGCACGGGACAUGUUUCAGCAGCUCCCUGCGAUCCCAGAGUGCGGUUCCUUGCUGUGCACUUCCAGCCUGCCCUGAGAUCUAAAACUCCAGCUUCGGAGGGAAGAUCGGGGUGAGCUGCGAACUAACCGGGGCUUUCCCCCCUUCUCUCUCCCACACCAGCAAAGCUCCAGCACCUGAUGUGAAGCCAGCUCUUGGGAGUUCACCCAACGCCUUGACUCAGCUCGGAUCAGAGGAGGAGCCCGGGUCCACCCCCUGCACCGCUCCCAGCAGCAUCCCACGGGAAAGCCAAGCAGGAGAGGGAGCUAAGGAACCGGAGUGCCGGAGAGAGGCAGCAUGGGCCAGUGCCACUGUCACAAGAAGCGCAAGGACAGCCAGGAGCUAACCGACGUGGAGAGGGCGAUCGAGAUCGUGAUCAACAACUUCCACCGCUACGCGGUGAAGGGGCAGAAGGAGUGCCUGACCCCCAACGAGCUCAGGGAGCUGGUGGUGCAUCAGCUGCCUCAGCUAUCGCAGCAUGUCUGCUCGCUGGAUGAGAAGAUCGAGUGCCUUGGGGACCCUGAUGAGGCCAAGCUGGAGUUCGGCGAGUACUGGGCCAUCAUCGGGGAGGCAGCCAAAGGCUGCCGAGUGAAGAAGUAACAGGCCUGAGGGGAGACACGGACCGUGAGGCCUCAGACCAUCUGCAUGGAGAGCGAGCGAGCAAGACUGUCGGCCAUGAUGUGUUGUGUUGAAAAUGCAGUGUUAAUCCUUCUGCGGCACGUUUCCUCUCUCCUUCCCCCAGCUCGGGAACCUCUUCCUUCUGGGCUCUCUCUCCCUUCCUCUGAGUCUGGAACCUUUUCAGUCUGGGGCCCAUCUUGCCUGCUCGAGAAACCUCCCUCCCCUCUGCUCACCUGCUCUAGAAGCUUUUCAUUCACCCUUACGAUAGAACCUACCAAUGCUGGGGGUGGGGGGGUGGGGGGGUGUUGUCCUCCAGCGCUGGCACCUUAAAUUCACGGACAUCAGUCCCUUUAGUGGAGUAACUUUAAGCCCUAGAUUUGAACCUUGCCAGUUUUGGAACCUUAAAAUGUGCCAUUUUCUAGCUCUUUUGCUCUAGAACCUCGACAUUCUUGGGGGGGGGUUUCCCCCCAGCUCUGGUACCUUAAAGUGCAGGGGGUUUAGUUACUUUACUCCGGAACCUUUAGAGUCUGUGGUUCCAUCUGCCCAGCCCUGGAACCUUCCCCUCCUCCUCUCCCUGGUUCCAGGAUCUCUCCUUGGAUCACUGCCCCGAGCAGUUCAGAGCUGGGCACUGGCCCCUCCAUUCCUACAGGUCGCUGCCAAUCUCCGGGGAGGGGCGUUUGGGAAGCGGCUGACUGCCACCUGGCCCUGCCAACCCUGGGGCAGCUCACUGCAUCGGGUGGAAACUAUUACUCAAGCCUAUGGGGAGGGGGGCUAGAAAGAGAGGGGAGGGGGCCAGGAGCUGGGGUUAGGUGUGGGACCAGGGGUCUAGGUGGGUGGGAGGCAGGGAGGGGUGGAGGGCAGCUCGGGCAGCACAUGAGGCUGUUGUGGGUCUGGGAUCUUUGAUUUGUCUAUGGAGUGUGGGGCUCAGCUACCGGUUCAGCGGGCUCCAUGUUGAGGGGGCUACCCCGGGUCUUUAGAUUGACACUGUGGUCCCAGCUCCAUAUGCAGGGUUGAGGGGUGGGGGUGGGAGACCCCCCCCCAGCAUGACCCACCCCCCUCUGCAGCACGACGAGCAUGCAACACCCCCAAGCGCCCCCCACCCCGACAACUGGACCCUCAGAAUUGUAACAGAGCCCCAGCACGUGACGGCUCUGCGGGGUGGGAGGGGCACUGCGCACCCCAGCGUCCCUGCUCUCUACGGACCCCUGACACGCUUGACACCACCUCUGACCCCAGACCCCACCGAGGCGCAUCCUGGGGGUGGGGGUUGAACUUUCCGCUGGAAGGAAGCAGAGGCCAGUGGUGACCACAGGGGGUGGCUGCGAGUCAGGACUCCUGGGUUCUAGUCCCGCUCUAGCAGGGCUAGUGGUUAGAGCAGGGGACCUGCGGUAAGCCAGGACGUCUGGGUGCUACUCCUGAUUCUGCCAUUGGCCUUGCCAGUCCCUUCCCUCCUCUGCACCUUGGUUUGUAGCCCAUCGGGGGGAGGGGACCAUCAGGCUCCAGACACGGGGCACAGUAUUAUUGGUAUUAAGCGUUCCUCCCUGAGCUGGGCUGUUACCCCUGGGACUGGGGAGAAAACACCUCCCCCUCCUGCCACCCCCAGCCGGUCCGGCAGCCGCUUGUGUCGCUUGCUAAGGUUUUUGUAUAAAUCAAUAAAAGAAACAACUGGAAAAAAAAUC